AUGUUGGACGAGGAUGAUGCCUUAGGGGUGACCUUCAUAGAGAACAGGACAGUGACAGCCUUUGUGGUGCCAGAAGGGUGUGGAGCAGACAGCUUUGCGAAGUUGAAGGGCCUGAAGUGCUUCUGCAAGCUCAAUGAUGGCCUGCCUUGCAACAGCCAGUUCGAAUCAACUGCUUUUGACGACCUGCGUUUGUCUUUUGCUGACGAGGAUGAUGCCUUAGGGGUGACCUUCAUAGAGAACAGGACAGUGACAGCCUUUGUGGUGCCAGAAGACGAGGAUGAUGCCUUAGGGGUGACCUUCAUAGAGAACAGGACAGUGACAGCCUUUGUGGUGCCAGAAGACGAGGAUGAUGCCUUAGGGGUGACCUUCAUAGAGAACAGGACAGUGACAGCCUUUGUGGUGCCAGAAGACGAGGAUGAUGCCUUAGGGGUGACCUUCAUAGAGAACAGGACAGUGACAGCCUUUGUGGUGCCAGAAGACGAGGAUGAUGCCUUAGGGGUGACCUUCAUAGAGAACAGGACAGUGACAGCCUUUGUGGUGCCAGAAGACGAGGAUGAUGCCUUAGGGGUGACCUUCAUAGAGAACAGGACAGUGACAGCCUUUGUGGUGCCAGAAGACGAGGAUGAUGCCUUAGGGGUGACCUUCAUAGAGAACAGUACAGUGACAGCCUUUGUGGUGCCAGAAGGUAAGGGUGUGGAGCAGACAGAUUUGCGAAGUUGA